GCUUACAUUUUUACUUCAAGGCAUACGCUUAUGUUUAUUUUGAAAAAUAUGGAUAAUCAAUCUAUGUCUAUCUAUUUCAUUGACCUUGUCAAAUCACCAGGUCUACAAGUGUUGCCAUAAUUUUGCAAUAUCAUAACCCGUCAAAGCCCACUGGUAGGCAUUCAGUUUGGAAUGCCCAAUUGGUCACAUUUGAUUAUUGGAAUUUAUUUAUUUUUUAAACAAUAAUGGUUAUGCAAAGGAUUUGUUUACAACCGAAUACACACAACUGCAUAUAUUUUAUUAAAAAAAAAGAAAAACCUACUUUAGUAAUCUUUUCAUCGUCUGAUCAAUCUACAUGGAUUUAUCAUAUCAUUGGUUCAAUUUCGUAUUCGGAACGGCGGGAAAUAUUUUGUAUGAGUUUCUUUAGAGGUUAGAUGUUUAGAUAAAUAAAUAAAGAGUUAUUCGGUUUUAGUCAUGUUUUAAUAUAAGUUGUGGAAUUUAUUUAUAAAUAUUUUAAUAUUAAAUUAUGGCGUUAGAUUAUACACAAAGACGUGAAAGUGAGAAUAAUGAAAAUGAAACUAACGAUAAAGAAAACUUGUUAGAAAGCCACAUCAUGAAGGAAAAAGAAAGCAGUCCCAUUUUUUCAGAAUAUGAUAACGUUAAUGGACAAACUGAAAAUGAAUUAAAGAAUAAACAUGAAAAUACAACUUUUUUACAAGAUCAUAAUAAUGAAAAUGAAUUAAAAUCCAUUGGAUCUAAUAAAAAGAAACAUAAAAGUAGAAAACGGAUUACAGUAAUUGAUAGUGACUCUGAGGAUGAUAUGAACAUCGAAAAUUUCAAUGAAAGUGAAGAUAUAACUAUCAGAGACUCGAUUGGUUCUAAUGAAACUGAAAAAGAACUUAGUCAUAGGAAAUCUAGAAAACUUACAAUGUUUGAAAGUGAUUCUGAAAAUGAAAUAGACAAUUUUACAGUUACCAACGAAGAUUGUGGAACAAAUACAACUAAGAAUAGAAAUAUAAGUAGGAACAAAAUUAAUUUUGAUGAAAGUGAUUUAGAGACUGAUGAUAAAGAUGAGAAACCUGUUGAACAGGAUGCAAUAUAUGCAAUUAAUUCUGAUGGAAAACUUGUUGCUGAAAGUUCAACAGUCAAGAAUUCUACUUGGGCAGCCCUUUGUGACUCAGAAAGUUCUGGACCUGAAAAUAGUGAUAAAGAGCAAGCAUACAAUAGUGAUAACGAAAAAAGCUGCACUUCCAAUGAAAUAAUCAAACCUAUCAAGUAUAAAAAAAGGAAUAUACGAAAGGAUGAAUCACAAGAGAUGUCUUUUAAAGAGGCGUCCAAACAGAGAGAUGAAAUUCGCUCAGAAUCUCAGAGAAUGCUCAGAGAAUCUAACAUUUCAUUGCCUUAUCAUAGGCCCAAAUCUUUUACAUUGAAAGAUUUUUUAGCCAAAAGACCGAAAUUUGCCUCUGCUGUUCCUUUAGGAUCAAAAAUGCCUACCUCUAUGGCUAUAAAAAUGUCUGUUCAACAGCUAGAAGUUAUUACUAAAAAUCUAGAAGAAAGGCAUAAAGAAGUAAGAGAAUUUUAUAAGUCUGAUAAUGAAGAAGAAGACGAUGAAGAUCCUGAAAAUAAUGAAGUUUUACCAGAUUCUGAAAAAGUUGAAGAAACAAAUUUGACUAAAUCUUUAGAAGAUGAUAGAAUUGAAACAAAUUAUAUUGAAAAAAAUAUCGAUGAUAUAGAAAAUAUUAAUGAAGCACUAAGAAAUGGAGAUAAUUUUGAUGUUAAUAAAAAUUUAGAAAAUAUAGAGGAAAAAAACAUUGAAAUUGAUUCAGACAAGAUUAAUUCAUGUAAAAUAGAUAUAGCAGCAAAUAAUUCAACCGAUUAUGAUAGAUUAAUAGAAGAAAAUGAAAAUAUAAACAAAAUAAUAGAAGACAACGAAUAUUCUGAAGGGAAAAAGAGUAUUAUAGAUUAUGAUACAUUAACUGAAGAAAAUGAAAAUAUAAAUAAAACAAUAGAAAACAAUGAAGGGAAGAAAAUUAAAAUAAUAUCUGAAUUCGUUAUUAAGGAUGGCAUUGAGAAUAAUUCUUCAAUUGAAAAUAUAUUAACUGAAGAAAUAGAUACGGGCCUUAAGAUAAAUAUGCCAUCAAAUUCUGAUUCUUUAUCAAUAAACUCAGACAAGGAGCAUGUAGUUGGUGACAAACUAUCUAAUGACAAAAAUGUUCAUGAAACAAAUUUGGUAGUUGAACCAAGUUCAAUAAAUUAUGAAUUUAAUUUAGACGAUAUUGAAGAAAAUUCUGAAAAUAUUUUAAACAAUGAUAAAGAAACCCAAAGAAAAGUAGAUACGUCCGAAAACUUACCACAAGUAGAUGAAGAGUUACCUAAAAAACAUUCAAACCAGUUUGUAUUUGGUGAAAUAGAUAAAGAAAUAGAAAAUUUUGGAAAUAACGAAGAACUGACUAUAAUUGAAAAUCAAAAAUUUAAACUAGAUAGAUUCAAAUCAAGACUAUCUAAUAUUACACCGAGAUUAAGCGGCGAUCUAAAUCACCUUAUAGACUUGGACGAUGUCGUCAAACCUAAUGAAGUUACUAAACUUAUGGAACGGUUUGCUCAACAUACAGCUAAGAUAAUACACCACAAAGACAGAGUACAAUUAAAUAUAGUCAGUGUUGAACACGGCGGUGAAAUUCAUAAAGAAACUCUAGCUGUUAGAGUAGACGACGAGGAAGACCUUUCAAUCGAAGAAAAACCUGGAGCAAGAUUACAAAAAUUAAGGAACGAAUUGCAAAAUCAAAUAGCUCAACGAAAAUCUGAGAUAUGGCAACAAAAAGCCAUUGUAAAAGAAAAUAAUCAAAUUGUUAAAGACCCAUAUGAUGAUGAAAAGUCGGAAUGUGGUGCUGACGAUGCUAUUCUUGAUGAUGAUGAAGAAGAAGAAAUGUCUGAAUCCAGUGAAGAAGACGAAGAAGAAGAAAUUGAAGAAGAUACAAAAGAAAAAAGAUCAAAGGAGAAGUCUAUUUUUGUUCAUGAUGAAGCAGAUGUAGAUGACGAAGUAGAUGCAGAUGAUGAAGCAGAUAUAGAUGAUGAAAUUGAAGAAUAUCAAGAACAUUUAAAAAGUGAUGAAGAAAAUGAUAAUGUUGGCAAUGAUGAUAAUGAUGAUAGUGAUGAUGUUGAUGAUGAAGAAAACAAAGCUGCAGAUGAUCACGAAAACAAUGUUAAUGAGACGUCAUCAUCUUCAAAACCUUUGAGGAGGAUAAUACAAUGCUUUUCAGAAGAUUCUGAUGAAGAUGAAGACUUUCGUAUACCUGGAGAAACUAUUAAGAAAAUUGCUGAAAAAUUAAACAGAAGUAAUGAAGAUACCAAUAACACCCAAGAAGAUUAUAUUCGCCCUUAUCAGUUGCAAAAUCUUACUAAUAAAACACCAAUUAAAUCGAUUUCAGAAAGUUCAAAUAAUGCUUUAAAAUUUUUAACUCCCGUUUCAUACAUUACCGGACUCCAAAAUUUAACAAAUUCUGUUACCAAGGUUAAUGUACCUUCGCCAUUAAAAGAAACAGAUUGGCAUGCUGAACUUGAAAGGAAGCUACAUGCUGAUUCGAUCAUCACAAACUCGCAGGCUGUAGCAAUGAGAGAAUUAUUUACUGAAACAUUUUCGGAAUCCCAGGAUGUUUCAGAUAGUCAUUCUGAAAAUGUAAAAUCAAGCUGUAUAACUUUAGAUAUUCCUCCCACUGUACCUCCUAAUACACAAGAUAUUUUAAACAUUUGUUCUGGGCGAUUUGAUGAACCAACUUCGUCGAUGCCGCCAUCUACUCAAGAUAUUUUAAAUAUAUGUUCUGGAAAGUUUACUGGGAUUUCGCAGGUAUCCGAGAGUAUUCCAAACAUUCCAGUCACUCAUAAAGUAAAUCGGGUAGAAGAAGUGAAGUAUUUGAGUGAGGAUCAAGAUAUGGUAAUUUCACAGUUAAUAAAUGAGGAAGAAAUGGCGGCAUUUAAGAAGAAAUUCGAUUCACCAGUUUUAAUACACAAUCAAAAAGUUGUUGAAGAAGUCGAGGAAGUGGAAAGAGUAGGAGGAAUUAUAGAUUCGGAUGAAGAAGUACUGGAGGUGAAGAAGAAAAAGAGGAAUCAAAAGAAACUUACUUUCUCAGAUGAUGAAAGUUCAAAUGAAGAUGAGGAAAAGGAAGAAGAAAUCGAUCUCCAUGAUAAUAUUGAAGGAGAAGAAUGUGAAAUAAAUUAUGAUUCUGAAGAAAAUGAAGUUGAUUAUUCAGAAGAAAAAGUUAAGGAGAAUCUCAAAAUGGCAGAUUUCUUUGAAGCCGAAGCCGAAUUAUCGGAAUCUGAAUGGGGCAGCGCGGACGAAGACGAAAAAGAUUUAGAUACUCUCGAAUUCGAACAAGGCGACACGGAAAAAUUUGACGAAAAACAAUUGAGAACGGAUCUAGAAAGGAUACACAUGAGGAGGUUGUUGGAUGACGAUACAAGAGAGGUAAAACUUCUGCAAGAAAUGCUUUUGGACGACGGGGAAUUGCAUGGAACAGGUCGUGAACGACAAUUUAAAUGGAAAACCAUCGAUUCCAAUUUCCCAGAAGACGACGACGCAGAAAAGAAAGGUAGCGACGAUGAAAAUUGCGUUGAAGAUGAAAACGAAGAACAGUGGCGUAAAAAACGACACGAGAGAGAAAUGUUUUUGAAGGAAAAAAAUUCGCAGGAGACGAAAGACGAUGAUCUUCUAAGCGGAAGCGAGAUAUUGAAAUUGGGACAUAAAGUUAUACGAAAAAGUAUGAGUAAUUCGCAAGAAGUAAAAAUAUCGUUGGAGAAUCCUGACUUGGGUUGUAGUCCUGCUAUAAAAAAAAGCUUUAGCUUAUUGCAUAAAAGAGGUUCAUUUUUAACGAGGGGAGACCAAGUUUUGGAAAGGUUAGCUGAGUUUAAUAAAACGGCUACUCUUGUCACAAUGGCUACAGGAAAGGCUGUUAAAAAUUCCAAAAAUUUCUUAUUUCAAAGAGUUGGUCAGGAGACUGUAACAACAACAACAACUACUUCAUUUUUAAAUCUUAAACGCAAAGCAGACGAUGGUACACCGAAAGUUAUAAAAAAACUACGUUUGACUGAUAAUUUGAGUCCAGCUUUGGAUAGGAAGAAAACAACGAACAAACAAAUCAAAACAAAGCUAUUUGGUACGUCUUAGACUAUUUUUAUGGAUGUUUGUAUAUUAAUUUUUUAGGCUAAAGUAUGUAGGUAUAAAAUUUAUGUAUUAUUAAAUUAAAUGUUGCAUUUUAUCGUAAUUAAUUUCCUCUGUGUUAAGGAGCAUAAGUGAUUCUAAUAAAUUUUGUUGAAGGGCGGAUCUCAAUCUUGUUUUAAUUAUCUUUAAUUUUGAAAAAGUUGUAGUCUACAUAGCAAGUAACCUGUUCAGGAUAUUUAAUUUUAAUAAUUGAAAUUGUGAUUAGGGAUUUUUAUAGAAUUGUCAUAUUUGAUAAAUAUAUUUAAUACUGC